AUGGAAAUGGAAAAUCAAACAGAGAUUGCUGAAUUCAUUCUCCUUGGAUUUGGAGAUCUCCUUUCCUUGCAAAUCCCCCUGUUCCUGCUCUUCCUAACAAUCUACAUUGUGACCAUGUCUGGGAACCUUCUCAUAGUUGUACUAAUUGUAGCUGAUCAUCAUCUUCACACACCCAUGUAUUUUUUCUUAGGAAACUUGUCUUGCUUGGAAGCUUGUUACAGUUCAACUAUCUUGCCCAGGAUGCUGUACAGUCUCAUAUGUGGGGAUAAGAACAUUUUCGUUAGGAUCUGCAUCAUGCAGUAUUUUUUCUUUGGUGGUUUGGCUGGCACAGAAUGUUAUCUUUUAUCUGUAAUGUCAUAUGACCGGUAUUUAGCAAUAUGUAUACCUCUGCAUUAUGCAGCGCUUAUGAACAGUAGGGCUUGCCGACGUCUGGCAUGUGGAUCUUGGCUAAAUGGUUUUUUUGCUAGUACCAUGGUAACAUUGUUUAUGUCACAGCUAACUUUCUGUGGCCUGAAUGAAAUCAACCAUUUCUUCUGUGACUCGUCUCCUAUUCUAAAACUAUCCUGUAGUGAUACACAACUUAUUUCUAUAUUGAUAUUUCUUCUGUCAUCUGCAUUCACUCUUCCUCCUUUUGUCCUAACAUUGACUUCUUAUGUAUAUAUCAUUUCUAAAAUCUUUAGAAUUUCAUCCGCAGCAGGAAGGCAAAAGACCUUCUCUACAUGUUCCUCUCAUCUCACAGUGGUGACCAUUUUCUAUGGGACUCUCAUGAUGGUGUACAUGUUGCCAGAAACCAAUGAAUUUACAGAUCUGAACAAAGUCUUCUCUGUCUUUUAUACCAUUGUGACACCCUUGGUGAACCCCCUCAUCUACAGCUUGAGAAAUCGAGAAGUCAAGGAAGCCCUCAGAAGAAUUAUUCCUAAGUGUGGGAUAUAG